ACCGAAAAGAUGGAAAGAGCCGAGAUGGGCGGCCCGAGCUAUGCGUCAGUGUUGUUGUUUUGGUCCGAGGUAAGGGUAGCCAUAGAACGCAGCAUGACAGCAGACAUGGACACCGAGGACUCCAGCGUGGCGGUUAUCAUCAAAAGGCGCCUCACACCACUCAUCCAGGUGGAGGUAGAACCAGUGGGACGAUGGUUCCACAUAUAUGAGGCGCGGCGUCUGCGGGGCCACCUCACCUCCUCAGUUGGGGAAAGUGAAGAGGAGAGUGAGGAGGAGGAGGCUCAGGAGGUGGAGGUGGAGGAUGACAUACACUAUCUUCGCUCUCUCAACCCAGCAGACUGGAAGGACCAGGAUCAUUAUGCAGUACUGGGACUCCGAAAGCACAGGUACAAGGCCUCUGAUGAUGACAUCAAAAGAGCGUACCGCAUGAUGGUUCUGAGGCACCACCCAGACAAGCGGCGAGCAGCUGGGGAGGAGGUGAGGGAUGACGAUGACUACUUCACCUGCAUCACCAAAGCCUAUGAGAUUCUCGGGGACCCCAUCAAGCGACGCUCCUGGGACUCGGUGGACCCAGAGUUUGAUGACGAGGUGCCGGCUGUCAGUGCACACAAUAAGGCAAACUUCUUCCAGAUUUUCACAGGGGUGUUUGAGUGCAAUGCUCGUUGGUCCACCCACAAGCACGUUCCUGGCUUGGGCAAACCUGAUGACACCAAACAAAAGGUUGAUCGCUUCUAUGGAUUCUGGUACGACUUUGAUUCCUGGCGAGAGUUUUCAUAUCUGGAUGAGGAGGAAAAGGAGAAGGGACAGGACCGGGAGGAGCGUCGAUGGAUAGAGAAGCAGAACAAGGUAGAGCGAGCGAGGCGUCGGAAGGAGGAGAUGGGUCGAUUGCGCAGGCUAGUUGACAAUGCAUAUGCCUGUGACCCAAGGAUAGCCAAAUUUAAAGAAGAAGACAAGGAAAGAAGACUGGCUCAGAAAAAGGCAAAAGCAGAGGCAAUCAGGCAAAAACAAGAAGAGGAGGAGAGGGUAAGGCAGGAAGCUGAGGAAGCAGAGAGAAAGAAAAGAGAAGCAGAGGAGGCAGAGCAAAGAGCAAAACAGGAGGUAGAAAAGAAGGAAAGAGAGGUGCUGAAGAAAGCAUUCAAAAAAGAGAGGAAGAUGCUGCGGACUCUCUGUAAGGACAACAGUUACUUUGCAUCAGAGGAGGGGGAGCGAGUGCAGACCAUGACAGAUGUGGAGCUGCUGUGUGAGGCACUGGAGCUGACCCGCCUGGAGGAACUCAACAAGGAACUAGCACAAGUGGCCCAGGACAAGAUGCAAGGGCGGGAGGUACUCAUGAAGGAGGUGAGUGAGGUGCGCAACAGGAUAAAAAAGGAGAGGGAGGAGGUGGCAGCAGCGGCAGCAAGGGGAGGGGGUGGAGGAGGAGGGGAAGGUUCAUCACUCAAAGUCUGGAAUCAAGAUGACCUCCAGCUGCUCAUCAAAGCCGUCAACCUCUUCCCUGCCGGCACAACAAAGAGGUGGGAGGUUGUGGCAGAGUAUAUCAACCAACACACAGCCACCAGCAUCACCAGGCUGGCCAAGGAGGUGCUCAAUAAGGCCAAGGAGCUGCAACACUCAGACAAGCACAUGAGGGAGGCAGCCAACAAGAAUGCCUACCACAGCAUGGAGAAGGCACAGGCUCGGCAGGUGAUCAGUGACACCACAGCCUCCCAGAGAUAUGACACACCACAGGAGAUGCUGGGGAUGAACACUGCUGCUUGGGGAGCUGAGGAACAGAGGUUGCUGGAGCAAGCCCUCAAGACCUAUCCAGUCUCUACUCCUGACCGCUGGGACCGCAUUGCCAAGUGUGUCCCCAACCGAACCAAGAAAGACUGCAUGAGGCGCUAUAAGGAGCUUGUUGAGAUGGUGAAGGCAAAGAAGGCGGCUCAGGCUGCUGCAGUGGGAAAAAAGUGAGGAGCCAAACCCUGCUGUCUUCUUUCCUUUAGAUUCACCAUGAAGGCCACCAGUAAGAAGACAACAUUACAUUUGCAGUUACUCACUAAGAUGCUCACCAGCCAAGUGUUGGCAACAGCAAUCAACAGUCCUGUAGCAGCUAGAUCUGUGACCAUGACAAGAGUGUCUGGCAUCAAUCACCAAUGAAUGCCACAAGAUAAUGGUCACUAAUGCUUUUGUGACUGUUAGUGUGGGCUCUUUUCAUUUCCAUACAAGGAGUUCAAUCAUUUGACUGCUCAUUAAAGGCCUUAAAAGAAUG